CGCGUUUCAACAAUGGAGGCGUGGCAGCGCGACCGCAUCACCGCCUUCUAUGAAAAGUACAAUCCCGAGAAUCUCGUGAACAUACCUGAGAUUCUGCGAGUGUUUUCGGGGCGGGAGGACGUUCUGUGUGCCAAGUUGCACAAGAAGUACGGGUGCGCUCCCGACAUUGUGUGCCAGGAGGCUGAAGUAGCAGAGGCCGCCGAGAUCCUGACAGAAUUCGACCCCAGUUACACGCCAAAGACCGCUCGACCUUCGUUUGGUGGUUCCUUUGACGUCCGCUGCUCGGCGUUCAAUGCACACAAGGCACUGGUUCAAAAUCGCCUGGACAACGUUUUGUCCGCGCCCCCACUCGACAACAUGUACAAGUGCCGCCAGCUCUUGCCUCGAAACCAUCCCCAGUUCCUUCACACCAAAACAAAUCCUACAGGUCCAACUGACAGGAAACCCCACGACGCGACGACAGGUGCCAAGAAACCACCCAUCUUGCAUGCAAUUGCCGAACUGCAUAAGGAGGGUCCAUUGAGUUUGCUGCACGCGUGCUUGAUGGCCAGGUCCCGUGUCGUGGUAGUCGUGCGGCGAAUAUGCAGCAUUCGUGGCACGUGCACAGGUUACCUCAAAGGGUUUGACAAGCACAUGAACGUUGUGCUGUUCGACGUGACGGAAGCAUUUAUUCCACUGACCCACCCACCCCACUCUGUUGAGCCUCUCGUCCGAGCCAUCGCGCCCGGGCAGCUGCGUCCUCCCGACGUCGUGAAGCGAUUCGUCAGGCAGCUCCUGAUCCGAGGGGAUAACAUUGUCAUGGUCUUUCCCACGCAGCCACUUCCACCAUCGGCGAGGGUUUCUCAGUAACCUGUUUGAUAAAAUACAUGCUUCCUUCUUGGUCGGUCA